CCUCGAACCAUCCCGACCAAAUUACAGAAACGCCCCUCCAUUCUCCUCCCCUCCGCUUCCCCUCCCUCUGGCCGGGACUCCUCCUUCCUUCCCGUCCAUGGUGGCCGAGCACGGGCGCGAGCAGUAGCAGCACCACCGCCUCUGACCGAUGGCGCAGUACAGGCAGUCCGGCGGCUUCUUCGACUCCCGCGGUGGCGGCGCGGCCCACCACCCGCUCCCGGAGUACCACCGGGCCCACCCCUCCAAGCCCUCCCGGAUCCGCCGCCCCGGCAAGCCCCCGCGCCGCCGCUCGCCGGCCGUGGCCGCGGCCGUCGCGGCGCUCCUCCUCCUCGCCGGCGUCUUCCUCCUCUCGCGCCGCCUCUCCCGUGACCCCGCAGAUACCAGCGAAGAUUCGGGCGGCGGGGAGGGGUUGCCGGAGUGGAACCGGAGCAAGAACUGGAAAGAGCUCAAGUUUGGGCAUGGCGGAGGUGGACGCGGUGCCCGGGAUUCCAGGUACUGGGACCAGGACGAUCGGAGGCGCGAUGAGGACUACUCGGAGGAUGAGAAAGAGAAGAUCUCGGGUGCAGGUGGAAACACCGGCGAUGCUGGUGGCAGCAGCAAGAAAGGCAAAGACACAAAUUCUGAUACCGGUAUUGAGAAAGGGUUGACCUUGGAGAGUACCAGGGGUGCUGCUGAGAAGGAGGUCCCCGAGGUGGCUGAAGGUGGGAAAGGAGGCACCUUGUACAAUGAGGGUGGCAGGAAAGAGCUGGAGCAGUAUGAGGCGGCUGCCAUUGGAGCCGCGGGCACGAGGAUGAGGGAGGUUGAUCCAGAUGAUGAGUAUGAUGAUGGCAUUGAUGUGCAGGAUGAUAUCGAAGAUGCUCAGUUUCGUUCAUCUGACGGCGGAAGGAAGCUUGGUGAUGGUACUCAUGAGAGCAUCGAGGACGAAAAUGUUGCCUUGGAUAGACACAUGGAGGCAGGCGGGGGGAUUAAUCUUGGCAGUGAUGCUGCUAAUGUGGAUCCAAAGAAAGUUUCGGGGACUGUUAAUAAGAAACGUGGGUCCAAGAAGAAAUCAAAGCGUAAAAAGUCUGGUGAAUUAACGAAGAAUGUUAGCACACGACGAUACCAUGGUUUAACUUGUGAAAUGAAGUUCCUCAACUCCACUGCUCAACUUGUAGAGCCUGUGAAAAAUGAGAAAUUCGCUAGCUUUAGUUUGAAGUAUGUAGAAGUUGAAGAAAAACCAGUUGGAUCAGAUUUUUGGGAGCCAAGAUUUGCCGGCCACCAGAGUCUGCAGGAAAGAGAGGAUUCCUAUGUAGCUCAAGACCAACAAUUGACAUGUGCUUUCGUUAAGGGACCUAAUGGUACAAGCACCGGUUUUGAUAUAUCGGAGGAUGACAGGAAGUACAUGAGCAAAUGCCGAAUUGCUGUAUCUUCCUGCAUCUUUGGAAAUUCUGAUCGUCUAAGGACUCCGUUUGGCAAAACAAUCACAAGUCUCUCAAAGAAGACAGUUUGUUUUGCUAUGUUUUUGGAUGAUGUCACAUUGCAUACUUUGCUAUCGGAAGGCCUAAAAAUGGACAAUAUGGGUUUCAUUGGUAUAUGGAAAAUCAUAGUGAUUAAGAAUAUGCCUUAUAAUGACAUGCGGAGGGUAGGGAAAAUACCAAAACUUUUGGCACAUCGACUUUUCCCAUCAUCAAGAUUCUCAAUCUGGCUGGACAGCAAAUUGCGACUACAAACUGAUCCUAUCCUUAUCCUAGAAUAUUUUCUUUGGCGGCAUGGUUAUGAAUAUGCGAUUUCCAAUCACUAUGAUCGGCACUGUGUCUGGGAGGAAGUGGUGCAAAAUAAAAAGCUAAACAAGUUCAACCAUACAAUAAUUGAUCAGCAGUUUGAGUUUUACCAAGCUGAUGGACUGACAAAGUUCAACCCAUUGGAUCCCAACAAGUUGCUACCAAGCUAUGUCCCUGAAGGUUCUUUCAUCGUGAGAGAACACACACCAAUGUCCAACUUAUUCUCCUGCCUGUGGUUCAAUGAGGUUGAUCGCUUCACACCUCGUGACCAGCUCAGCUUUGCAUAUACAUACUUGAAGCUUAGAAGAAUGAAUCCCAAGAAAACAUUUCGCCUCAAUAUGUUUAAGGAUUGUGAGAGGCGAUCAAUAGCAAAACUAUUCCAUCAUCGAUCAGAGGAGAGACGCAGCAGUCAACAACUAACAAGAUAGCAGAUAUUCUUUGGAAGGAUGGAUGUGUAGAAGAAGAAGCAGAGAUAGCUCGAGGAUUAUACAUUUGGUACAACUAAGGAAGGCACAGGGCUGUUCAUUGUCAAUAUCUUAUAAUGUUGAGGAAUUUAUGCUUAAUGGAUGGUCAUGGGCGAUUUUACUCAUAUAUACAUGAUCCUGCAGAUCAGUGCUGUGUUCCAUUUUGUACUCGACAUAGGCAGAUUAGGAAAUGUUAGCUGUUUGGUUUCAUAAGCCCCUGUUGCUCGCCGUAAAGUUUUUGUUCAUUCUUUUGGGAAAGAAAUGGUCCAUGGUUGAUCUGUGGAAGUCAUAGCUGGGCAUGUGUUGUGUACCAUCAUGCGGUUGUAUUCUCGUGUAAUCCUCAAUGGCCAUACUGAAAUGUAAUAUUACAACAGGAAGCUACUUUCUGUAGUUUCUCUCCAGAAUAGCAAAAGAGUUUUUUGGCAUGA